AGCCUUUCCUGCAGGAUUGGUGUGUAAGAAUGACUGAACAAGAUGGGGAAAUCUUCUGCAAGAUGAAACACAAUCGCAGCCUGCAGCUGAAUGAAGCCUGUUUGAAACUGACUCUUGAGGACAAGGCAGAUCAAGUCUACUCUGUUUUUGCUCAGUCUGUUGAGUGUGAAGGGUGUGACCCAUGGUAUUUUGGAAAUGUGGAGAGUGGGAAAGGUACAGAGUUAGUGGUGAACACAUCAUAUGGGACAUGGGUGGGCAUCCAAGAUGCAAAUAAUAAGAAUGUCUGCAAUGUGACGUAUCAUUUCACGGAGUUUGGUGUGUACAAGUUGGGAUUCAAUCAUACAGACUGUUCUCCUAUCCAGGUCCUCAUUCAACCACCAAAUCCAUUCCUCCCCCUCCUUUGGGCCUUCUUCCUACUUCUGGGAAUUCAGGCAUUGCUGCCCUUUGUGACCCAAAAGAACUUGCGAAGAGUGAAACGUUUGCUGACAAGAAGGGAGGAUCCCCUUCUAGAAGACCUAGGUUCACCUGAGCAUCAUACCCCAUCAUCAUCUUUCUCCAUUCAAGCUUCUCCCAAGGGCAAGGAACGUCUCAACAGCUUGGAUACCUUCCGAGGGAUUGCAAUUGUGCUGAUGAUCUUCGUGAACUAUGGAGGUGGUGAUUAUUGGUUCUUUAAGCAUUCACGAUGGAAUGGACUGACUGUGGCUGACCUUCCUUUCCCAUGGUUCAUGUGGAUAAUGGGAGUAAGCCUGGUUUUGUCCCUCAAGAGUCAGCUGAUGAAGUCCUUCUCCAGGAAGCAGAUUUUCAUUCGCAUCUUGCGACGAUCGACCAUCCUCUUCCUCCUUGGCCUCAUACUCAAUGCAAGGUCAACAAACCGCCUGACAGACAUGAGGUUGCUGAGGAUCCCAGGUGUGCUGCAGCGCUUCUCCAUCGUGUAUUUCCUGGUGGCAACUCAGGAACUCUUUUUGUUCAAGCUGCCUGAUGUUUCUCAGCAAGGAUUGGCAAGACUGGGGAGGAACUGCUGUCACAUCAUUCGAGGGCUCUUUUUUGCUCUAUGUAUCACAUCACACCUCCUCAUCACCUUCCAUCUCCCUGUUCCCAGCUGUCCCAGAGGUUACCUGGGACCUGGUGGGAUGCAUGACGGUGGGGGAUUCUGGAAUUGUACAGGAGGAGCCAUCGGAUAUGUGGAUCGACUUGUGUUUGGGGAGUCCCACAUCUAUCAGCAUGCCACCCCCAAAAGCCUCUAUAACACCAACAUCCCCUUUGACCCUGAAGGUCUGGUGGGGACAUUGAAUUCAAUCGUUUUAGUCUACUUGGGAGUGGUGGCAGGACUUAUUGUGGUCACACAUCCUGUUGCAAGGCUGCACAUCCUUAUGUGGCUCAUCCUUGGUUUCCUCACUGGAAUGGUGGGUCUAGGCCUCUGUGAAGCAUCACAAAAUGGUGGCGUGAUUCCCCUGAACAAAAACCUCUGGUCACUUUCUUACACACUGGUUACUGCAGGAACUUCUUUCUUCAUCCUUGCACUCCUCCACUGGAUCGUUGACAUCCAGCAGUGGUGGCGUGGUGCACCCUUCUCUCAUGUCGGAAUGAACGCGAUUCUCCUCUAUGUGGGGCACGAGCUGCUGGAAAAGACCUUCCCGGUCCAGUUUGGUCCAUUGCCCGAGAGUCACCUUGCUCGCCUCUUUAUGAACCUCUGGGGAACGAUCUUUUGGAUCCUUGUUGCCGUCUGGCUUCAUUCACAUCGAUUCUUCCUCGCACUCUGACUUCUUCAGGAUGUAUGCCAAAGAUUGGAUCUGUUUAUUUCCUCUGUGAUAUUUUCCCCACCUGACUUCAUUCCUGUCCUGCAUUAUAUUUAAAAGUCUUUGCUUAUAUCUCAGUUGAUUCCUUCU